AUGGCAUAUUCGAUCACUGCUUUGGCGGUAGCAUUUUCCGCUGGUCUUAUCUUCUUCCGAGUAUUCAUUUACCCAGCGUUCCUCUCCCCACUCUCAAAGAUCCCCAAUGUGCACUGGACUGCUUCCAUCUCGCCGGUGUGGAUGCUAUGGAGGCGAUUCACAAGCCGAAACAACCGAACGAUUCAGGCCGCACACGAGAAACUCGGUCCUAUUGUUAGGUUAGGACCAUCAGAGAUCUCAAUCAACUGUGUUGAAGGAGGAAUCAAGUCAGUCUAUGCUGGCGGAUUUGAGAAGCAUGACUGGUAUCCGCGAGUCUUUGCGUCAUUUGGAACAGUGAGCAUGUUUACCAUGACAGGAAGCAAGACGCAUUCAACUCGGAAAAGGAUGUUGUCCAAUAUAUACUCCAAAUCGACUCUGCAAGCAUCCCCUCAUAUGCAGAUAGUUUCAAACACAGUCAUUUUCGAUCGACUGAUGCCGAUUCUUCAAGAAGCAGCAAUAUCUGGCAAAUCCCUCGAUGUGCAUGAUCUCAAUCAGGGACUGACAAUGGACUUUGUCUCCUCCUAUCUAUUCGGUUUGCGGAAUGGCACUAAUUACCUGCAAGAUGAUUCGAUCCGUAAGCACUGGCUUCACCUAUACAUGUGCCGAAAGCCGUUCGAGUUCUAUGCCCAGGAGGUUCCAUAUUUGGAUGGAUGGCUGAGACGGAUUGGCCUUCGCGUGAUACCAAAAUACUGCGACGAAGCCAAUGCAAUGCUUGAUUCUUGGGCUCUGGACCUUUGUGAUAGGGCGGAGGAAAUAAUUUCAGCAACCGAGCCAGGCAUCGAGCCAACUGUCUACAAGCAGUUGAAACAAUCCCUGGACAAGCAUUCCGCAAAGAGUGGAGAAGCAGAGCCAGACAAGGCCCAACAGCGACUCGAUAUUGCCUGCGAGAUGUACGAUCAACUGACUGCCGGAUUUGAAACCAGUGCUGUUGGCCUCACAUAUCUGUUCUGGCAACUGUCCAGGAACCCAGAAAUGCAGGACAAACUCCGAGAGGAGCUUCUCACACUGGAACCCCCGAUUUCGUACCCAAAGACAGCCGAUCUACCGCCAGCGAAGUCAAUUGAUAAUCUGCCCCUGCUGGAGGCGAUCGUGACAGAGACACUGAGACUUCAUGCUCCCAUCCCUGGCAUCCAGCCUCGGGUCACGCCAUCUCCGUCAUGCACUCUGGCCGGCUAUGCAGAUAUCCCACCUAACACCAGAGUAAAUGCGCAAGCAUAUUCACUUCACCGUAAUCCGGAGGUAUUCCCAGAGCCAGAAACAUGGCAGCCAAAGCGUUGGCUGGAAGCUGAAAACCCGCCGGCUGAUCUAGAAGAGAGACGCCGGUGGUUCUGGGCUUUUGGUAGUGGAGGGCGUAUGUGUGUGGGAAGUAAUCUCGCACUGCAAGAAAUGAAACUGGCCGUGGCUGCGAUUUUCACCAAUUUCCGCACUAGCAUUGUCAACGAUGACAAUAUUGAAGCCAUCGAUGCUUACACCGUGAAACCGACAGGCGAUAAACUGAUACUAAAGUUUGAGUCUGUCUGA